UACCAGGUUGUAAACACUCUAGCACAGUUCUUCUUUAGCUAAGUUAAUUUAUAUUAUACGAGCUAACAGCGGACUUCAGUCUGUCGAGCUUCGUGUUGUCAUUAAAUAUGUCUGGUCGGGAUCCUUUCCCCUUCCCAAAACUUGAAAACGGCUUCACUCUCAGCGGCUUCAGGCCGCAGCAGCAGAGAAGAUAUGAUACACCAACUCACAUCGCCCAAACAAAGGAACCGUGGAGUCGCCUUCAUGAUACAGCCACUGUGGCCAGCACCCGGAGGAGUGUUAUGCAUUAUGAGUGUCAGUCUCCAAACGACAGCCUCGACUUCCAGCUAAAGUCUGUCUACGAUCACCACAGGGACUUCUUCUGGACAAAGAACGAGAUUUUAUAUCAGAAGGAGACUGUCUCUGAGGACCAACGGAAACAGGAAAACUCAAAGAAGGACCUGCUGGAAAAGGAACAAGAGAAAGACAUCAGAGUUUGGGUCGAUCCACAGAAGUGCUCCAUUUACAGCAUCAAGUGAGGUUCAGGCAUUUUCAAACAAAGGCUACACCGGGGAUAAUGAUGGUAGCUUCCAGUCCUUCUCCUGUAUCUCUUAACAGCGACCAUCAUCAGAGCGCUGUAAAUAAAUGGGUUCUAU